AUGCCGUCCCAGCGUUGUGAGGGACGUGCCGAUGAAGAUCACCAUGGAAACGGCACCUGUUUGCCGGUCAUGAAUGUGAUGGCCCCUCGUCCCGACGAAAAGGUUUCAAUGGAGCGGUUGUCUGCUGCGAUUGAACUACCCCGUGACGUUUGGUUGGCCAUAGCCAUUAAAGUCGCUGUAAACUCCAUUGAGGACCUGUGCAUGUUCCGUAUGACGUGUUGCGCUGCGCGCGAUGCUGGCGAAGAGGAUGCUGUGCUCAGGAUGGUUUCGAUACCACCCCAGCAUGACAUGAAGUGGUGGUGGACACGCGACCCCACAUCGAAAAGAUUUUUCGAGAGGUGUUUUGAGGCUGGUCACCCGGAGCUGCUGUUUCGGGAGGCGCUGCGGGAGCUCUACAUUCAGCGUAACGACACCAUCGGAUGGGAAAUGCUGCAGAAUACGACAAGCAAUGGAUUGGACACUGCCAAGUACGCACUUCCAAUGGAGUUGCUAAUCCGAAGGGACGACGACGACGACAAAAAGAAUGGCUUGGAACUAUUUCGCGCCCUGGAGGCUGAUGAUUUACUCCCCGUGUGUUACUCGAGUUGCUUUGCAAUUCUCACAAUUGCUUGGCCGGAGGAAGUCCAAAUGCCAAAAAAGGGAGAUGAUCAUAUGGUGUGCGACUCGGCAAGAUGCUUGACCCAAGGCCACAUGGGUCUUCUGUAUGACUACUGCCGAAAGGCUGCAGCGCGGGGCUCCAUCCACGUUGUCGGGGGCGCGAACCAUAUUCCGUGUAUCCGCUGUCGCGCCGACUACGAGGUGGAACGAUACUUAGAUAUACACAAGUUUUAA